GUGUCCCGCGAAGAAUCGCCGCCACAGUUUUAAAAAAAAAUCUACCACGACGUCCUUUCUCGUUGGCUCUCCUCUGGAAAGGAAUUUUCGGGAACAGGAGGAGAGGGGAGUUUAGGAGAUCAGAUACUCAUCAAAUCUCCAAUUCUGGGACCUCAUUUCGCAUUUUUGCCGUAUACCGAGCUCUUUUCUUACCCCACCAAAAGCGUCCAUCAACGAUCGAUUGCCCAUCAUGCCGCCGAAGAAGGAGCAGAAAGUCGGUGGUGGCAAGAAGCCAUCUGCCGCGAAAAUGGUGGAGGACAGGACAUUUGGAAUGAAGAACAAGAAGGGAGCUCAAGCACAGAGGCAAAUCCAGCAGAUGACGGCCAACUUGAAGGGCAGUGGAAGCGCGGAAGAGAGAAAGAAGGCCGCCGAGAAGGCGCAGCGUGAGAAGGAGAAGAAGGCGGCUGAAGAUGCCAAAAGAGAAACAGAAGCGCUGUUAAACAAGCCAGCGCAGAUUCAGAAAGUCCCGUUCGGUGUCGACCCCAAAACGGUCGUCUGCAUUUUCUACAAGAAGGGUGACUGCGAAAAGGGAAAGAAGUGCAAGUUUGCUCACGAUUUGAGUAUCGAGCGAAAGACGGAAAAGAAGAACCUAUACACGGAUGUUAGACAAGAGGAGGAUGACAAGAAGAAGGUGGAGACUUCUGCAGACUGGGAUGAAGAGCAACUGCGCAAGGUUGUCUUGUCCAAGAAGGGUAACCAGAAGACCUCGACCGACAAGGUGUGCAAGUUUUUUAUCCAGGCCAUCGAGGACGGCAAGUAUGGUUGGUUUUGGAUUUGUCCAAAUGGUGGCGAUAAGUGCAUGUAUAAGCAUGCUCUCCCGCCUGGAUUUAUUCUCAAGACAAAGGAACAGAGAGCGGCUGAAAAGGCCCUUCUCGAUAAAUCACCGCUCAAGACUCUGACCCUUGAAGAUUUCCUGGAGUCGGAGCGUCACAAGCUUACCGGAACGCUGACACCUGUUACGCCUGAGACUUUCGCCAAGUGGAAGAAGGAGCGUAUGGACAAGAAGGCCGCCGAGGAACAAGCUCGCAAGGCCAAGGAUUCCACCGGUCGUGCCCUCUUUGAGAGCGGCAAGUGGAGAGAUGAUGAGUCCGAGGCAGAGAGUGAAGAUGAAGACGACCCUUGGAACUUGGAGAAGCUGCGUCGCGAGACUGAGGCUCUACGGCAGAAGAAGGAAGAGGAGCGCCUCAAGGUUCUGGCUGAUGGAGGAUUGCUGCCAGCUGUGGUUGACAACACGCCAGAAGGAGCAGAUGACGACAACAGCGCUGGCGAGGCGGGUGAGAGUGCAGGCGAUGUUACUGGAGAGGCUUCUUCGGCCGCACAGGUAGGCCAAGAAGUACCUGCUGCUUGAAUGGCUGCGGAAUAGCACUCAAAGCUGAGGCGAUUCCAAGCUUCCCAUCUCUGCGAAACACUGCGUGAGGGAAUUCCGAGCACCUGCUGGAGCCAGAAAUGGCCAAUGGUUUCCAGGAGGGCCGCGGUGAUUUGCUAUUCGUAAAAGAAAGCUUCUUGCCUUGGAUAGGUGGAUGGCUGUGGCGGUGGCCGCACACUUACCUCAUACCGCUAGUUUACGUGUCUUGUAUUAGACUGGCACCGCAUCAGCUUCCCAUUAGAAAUGAUCUUGAUGAGAAGGGACUCGAAAUGAGUAGGGAGAGAAAGGGGGGAGAUUAGUAUUGCACCUGACAGCCCCCAAGAGUGGGAAAGGCUAAGACGCAAAACAAAGACGGGAAGAAGAGGUACAGCUGGAACCAAUAGUCACCCCAAGAGUAGACUGAAUACACUCAACAAGCGGCUUGAUAUUUACUUUAUUGCACUGUCGAUCAAAACAAAAAAGAAGACAUAAAAAAA